UCAUGGCUCAGCUGCUAAACCCUCGUAGUAAUCCCCUGAGAGCUUCUCUGGGCAUUUCCAUGGCAUGGCUGAUUGUCAUACAGCACGCAGGAACUUGUGAAAGCAUCCUUCACUGAAGCAGAAAGGAGAGAGCUCCCAUGGCUCGGGCCAAGGCAAUCUUUGCCUCCCUCAGGCUCGCUAGCUCGCUCCUCUCAGCUCAAGCAUCAACAACUGCUCGGCCGCUCCUGACUGACGCAACCCGGCUAUGUCUCGAUAAUCCUCACCCAUUUUUUUCUAUUGGUAAGCUAUUCUUGUCGACAAAGCCAACCUCUGUCUUAGAGCUCGUGCAGAGCUGCAAUUGGUCGGCUGAACUGGAAGCCGAGUUGAACGACUUGAUUCCCAUGCCGAACCACGAGACUGCUGUUUAUGUUUUAAAGAAGCUAGACGGGGAACCAGCGAAGGCCUUGGAUUUCUUCAAUUGGCUGUGCAGGAAAGAUGGGUUUAAGCAGAGCUCCGCUCUCUAUAGCUUGAUGCUCAGGGUCCUGGUCAUUAAGGGGCAGAUGAAGGAAUUCUGGGUCCUUCUGCGGAAGAUGAAGGAGCGAGGAUUCUAUCUCGAUGAGGAGACGUAUCUGACAAUCGCGGGGAUUCUUAAGAAGGACAAGAAGGGUACCGAUGCCAUGGCUCUGACCCAUUUCUACAAUCGGAUGAUCGAAGAGAAUGGUCAAGAUGCGGCUGUGAAGCGGAUGGUCGGUUCUGUGCUGGAUAACAGGUGGAGCAGCCAAGUGGAGAGAGAUUUGCAAGAGAUGAAAAUCUUGUUGACGGAUAAUUUUGUGAUUCGGGUCUUGAAGGAGCUGAGGAACCACCCUCUGCAAGCUCUCAAAUUUUUCCACUGGGUGGGCUCGUGCCCCGGUUUCGCCCAUAGCACUGUCACUUACAAUGCUGCCGUGAGAGUUCUUGCCCGGGGGGAUUCAAUUCAGGAGUUUUGGAGCGUCGUCGAGGAGAUGAAGCAUUUGAAUCAUGACCUGGACAUUGACACGUACGUAAAGAUUUCGAGGCAAUUUCAGAAGAGUAAGAUGAUGCACGAUGCGGUGAAGCUUUAUGAGUUCAUGACGGACGGUCUUUACAAGCCCUCAGUCCAGGAAUGCAGCUUGCUACUGAGGAGCCUAGCCGGUAAGGCUGAUAUAGAAUUGGUGCUUAGGGUUAUGAGGAAGUUCGAGUCCACGGGGCAGUCCCUCUCUAAGACUAUCUACGAUGGAGUUCUCCGGUGUGUCACUGCUGUAGGAAGGAUCGAUGUGGCAGAAGACAUCAUCGAAGCAAUGCGAAAUUCGGGCCACCAGCCUGAUAGUAUUACCUACAGUCAACUCAUCUUUGGGCUUUGUAAAUUAAGGAGACUAGAUGAGGCCUGCGAUGUUCUUGAGAAAAUGGAAAAAGAAGGAUGCCUCCCCGAUAUCAAGACUUGGACUAUCUUGAUUCAAGGCCAUUGUGAUGCUAAUGAAGUUGAUAAGGCAUUCUUGAUUUUUGCAAAGAUGAUGGAAAAGAAUGUUGAUGUCGAUGCGGAUGUGUUGGAUGUCUUGGUGAAUGGAUUUGUUGCUCAGAACAAGAUCGAAGGAGCUUGCAAGUUGAUCACUGAAUUGGUUCACAAAUUCCACGUACGGCCUUGGCAGGCGACUUACAAACAUCUGAUCAGUAAGCUUUUAGCCGUAAGGAAGCUUGAAGAAGCAAUGGAUCUACUUCGCGAGAUGAAGAGACAGAAUCACCCACCAUUCUCAGUCCCAUUCGUGGAGUAUAUUUCGAAGCUUGGGACUGUUAACGAUGCUGUUGAAUUCUUGAAGACAUUGAGUGUUAAGGAGUACCCAUCGGUCCAUACUUACUUCAAUGUUUUGCAAUCUUUCUUCAGGGAAGGCAGAGAUUCAGAGGCAAAAGAUCUCUUAUACCAGUGUCCUCCUCAUAUUCGUCAACAUCCUAAGAUGACCGAACUCUUUGGCUCUACAAAGGCUCCUGCAGUCGCUAAUUGUUGAUUUUGAUUUUCAAACACCUAAUACUUAGCUAGCUGAGAACAUGCAUCUAGUGUGCCCCCCCACCCCUCUCCUUCCCCUUUCUUUUAUUUAAUUACUCUGAAUCAUUAUGAGAAAAUGUCAUUAAGAAAUUUUAUGCUAUUGUUCAGUAAGUGAUUCGUUCCCCCUGUGUAGAACUUGUCUCAUGCACACCUCUCAAAUUUGAUGUCUUCGCAUAACUUACUGUAAGAAGCAAGAUACUAUAGUUAUACACAAAAGUUUUUGGAUAAGCAUAUUUCAUUAGAUCAGAAAAUAUUUACAAAGCCCACGACAUACACACAAAGGCUAGCAGCAUUUAUUGAAACACACCACCCUGGCAGAACAACAGAGAAGCAUAGAUAGGGUAAUUCUAUUGGAAUUUGGAAAGUAACUUAUUUGUAGGUUUUCCAUUUGCUCAGAUGGAUCCUGGGCCUUCUUUGAGUGAAACCAUAUGCUUCUUCGCCAUAGCCGGUACCUCCAUGGAUGGCACUGGCAGGACUCUCACUCUUCUGCUUAAUCAUUUCUGCUUUCUCCUGAGGCUGAUCUCUGGGAGACCCGUUUCUCUCCUCGGAGGCAACUCCGCCGUUGAAGGCCCUGUGUACAUUGGGGUAGUGAGGGACCCCCGUGAGAACACUCGUUGUCUUCUCGAUUCUCGAGAUGUGUUCGAGGUAAUCGCGGGAAGUAUUGUCACUGGUUCUCUGCAUUUUUUUUCCCACUUUUUUUGCUGAUCUUUUGAGUCUUGCUUGAGGUUUAUGUGGUUUGUGAAGGGAGCUUCAAAUUUAUAGAUGGCCCAUCUUUCCCCGGUGUUCUCUAGCGAUAAAGCAGAGCAUCUGAUUCCUCACCUCUCCAUCAUUGGACAGGUAGACGGCCAAGAAAAGCAGAGAACCGAUUACAGUGUUAGAAAGGUAUCAGAUAUUUCAGGUUCGUUGUCCCUUUCACCAAAGAAAAUUCACCUUAUUCCUUCGUUUAUGGAAGUGAGAAGAUGCAAUAGUUGCUGAACUUGUUUCGAAAUCUGCUGUAGUAUUGAUUGGAAAACUUAUCUCGGAA